AAUAUAUAGGCAGGGCACUGAAUUUCACUUCCUGUUGAAGGUAGAAAUAAGAUAGUAUAGUCAAAAGACUUGUGAAGAUUGUUUAUUUAACGAAAUUGUGUUAUGGAUACCUAAAAUUUAUUCAGCUCAAUUCUUUUGUCAAGUGUUUUUGUCCCUAAAUCACUGGAGCAUUACCUACUACAAUUCUGUGCAUUCUGUCCAGCUUCAUGUGUUCAGUGGUAAUAGCUGUUGGUACUUUCUCUUAGAUUUAGUUGUAUUCAUUUCCUCUUGUAUUCAAUUUUACUUGUAUUCAUAUUUAGUUGUAUUUAUAUUUUCAUGAACAAUUUUUAAAAAAUUUAAAAUAUGUUAGUGCACAAAUUGUUGAAAUAUUACUUUUGUUUUUAAUGUAACUUCACUCAAUUUUUUUUUUUUUUAAAAACAAGUCAUUAAUAGAUUUAGCUUUAUCCUUGAAAAAAUACAUAUAUAGCAGGAGCAGUCAAACUUCCACCCCAAAGACCUUUGGGAAAACAAGGUUAAAGUUUUAAGAACUGUUUGAAGCUACACAAAUUUGAUUAAACAUUUUGCUAAUAUGCAACUUCAGAUAACAGACUGUCACUGUCCAUUCUGUUAGCUAGUAACUUGUUAAUUUCACUAUAAUCUGUAACUCUAGAUUCCUGAUAAAUUGUAAGGGGGGGGGGGGGGGGGUUAAUUUCCAUGCGGGCCCCCUGCAAAAAAAAUUUGCCCACCACUGGUCUAUGGAAACAUGUGUAUUCAAUGAUUGGUCUCACAGGAAAACUCAUGAGAUCUUUGAAUUAAAACAAACCAACAGUUUCACUUUCAUUCUCGCUGUUGUACCCAGAUGAUAAUUAUAACACCACAAUAAAUGGUGCCCAGGUGAUAAUUACAACACCACAACAAAUGGUGCCCAGGUGAUAAUUAUAACACCACAACAAAUGGUGCCCAGGUGAUAAUUAAAUUACCACAAGAAAUGGUGCCCAGGUGAUAUUUAAAUCACGACAAGAAAUGGUGCCCAGGUGAUAAUUGUAACACCACAACAAAUGGUGCCCAGGUGAUAAUUAAACCACCACAAGAAAUGGUGCCCAGAUGAUAAUUAAACCACCACAAGAGAUGGUGCCCAGAUGAUAAUUAAACCACCACAAGAAAUGGUGCCCAGGUGAUUAUUAAAUUAAUUGCCACUAAAAGUAUAUUCUUCAAAACACUUGUAUUUGUCCCACACAGGUAAAAUUCGUUGUAUGAUCCUACCAUGGGUAACAAAUUAACCGCUGGGCUUAACAGGCUCAAACAAGUCAACAAACGUAAUCGAAACUUUUCAAACACUUCUGCAAUUAAUGAUGAACCAUCAAGCCCAGGCAAUUCAAAGUCAACACAGAACAGACCACUACCUGUCAUUCCACCUUCCAUCAGUUCCACCAGUUCAAAAAUAAAAGGUAAGAUCAGUCAUUCUGUAAUUUCUUCUUUAAAAAAUUGGAUAACUUUUAAGAGAAAUAUAUCUUUCAAUGAUGUGUUUACUUGUGAACAUUGUUUAAGCUUAAUGUCUAAUGUUAAUGAGCUGCUUUUGAACUGCUCAUAACUGGUGAACAAUAAUUUCAGUGCGUGCUCUCUACGACUUUGGUGGUGUCAGUAAUGAUGACUUAUCAUUCAAGAAAGGAGAUCUUCUAGAGGUGGAUGGAUCUGCGUAAGUCGAUAAGUUUGAUAAAUAAACAUUUUCAAAUACUAUAAAAUAAUUGGCUUUAGAUGAAUAUACAUUUUUAAGUACUACAAAAUAUGUGGCUAUAGAUGAAUAUACAUUUUUAAGUACUACAAAAUAUGUGGCUAUAGAUGAAUAUACAUUUUUAAGUACAAUAAAAUAUGUGGGUAUAGAUGAAUAUAUGUUCAAGUAACUACAAAAUAUCUGACUGUAGAUGAAUAUACAUUUUCAAGUUACCAUAACAUACCUUGCUAUACUUGAAUAUACAUUUUCAAGUAACUAUAACAUACAUGGCUAAAGAUGAAUAUACAUUUUCAAGUAACUAUAACAUACCUGGCUAAAGAUGCAUAUACAUUUUCAAGGAACUAUAACACACUUAUCAAUAUAGUUCAUAAAUUAAACAAAGCUACCAUAAAAAUGCCCUCGCUCAAUAAUUGCGUUGUUGUACUUGCCGUUGAAGGUUAACAGAUGAGGAUGACUGGUGGCUGGCCACACAUCUGAAAAGUAAGAACACGGGAUACAUCCCCAGCAACUACGUCAUUAAGGAUGAUCAGACCCCACAGAGUCAAGAGUGAGAAACUUCUUACUUUUAGUAAAAUACAAAUUACUUUAUUACUGUGACUAAACCCCAAAGAGGUAAAUUAUUACAUUUAAUCUGGAACAUUGGAAUUAUUGAGUUGUGAGCUGACAGACCAUAUCGGAUGAAACCUGUCACGAAAUUGUUUCUUUUUUAAAUACUUUAUAUUCACUUCUCUUUUGUUCGAGUGUUUGUGGCUAAAUCUUGGGAGGGCCAAAUGACCCACUUUCCAUCAUCCUAUCGAGCUAAAACCUGGCUUAAAUACUCGUUGCCGAUGACAGAACAUUCCAUCAAAUUUUCAGCCCCACCCCCAACGCCGAAACUCUGUUUUUCCUGAUUUCCAAGGGGGGAAGGAAUGUUCAUGAUUUGUUGAAUGGUUGUGUGUUUUGGUUUGGAGAUAAAGUGUGUAUCUGUUGCUACGUGCUUUGUAUCUGUGACGUAUUUGGGUUGAAAUAGAUCUUUAGUCUGUGAGGUUUCACGUGCACUAAGUUUGAUCAAAACCACUCAUCCAAAAUGGAAACAAAAAUGCACAUGAAAGAUUUAUAAGGAAAAAAAACUUUGUUUUUAUUGGUUGUUUAAUCUCCCUGUCAAGUAUCUGAAAUGUCUUGUAGUCGUGUAUAGUUUCUGCCAACUGACAUAGCCGUUUGUUCAAGUAUCUGAAAUGUCUUGUAGUCGUGUAUAGUUUAUGCCAACUGACAUAACGUUUUGUUUUUCCUCUGUUUAAAAGUUGGUGGUAUGAUUAUGAGCGCCAUGAUGCUGAAAAAAAGUUACUUCUGCCAGGUCACAAAAAUGGGACAUUUUUAAUCAGACCUGCGACAGGUGAGCCAGUUAACGUCUUAGUAUUACACUCACUACUUUAGAUCAUGGCUAUAUGUUACUAUUAUACUUACUACUUUAGAUCAUGGCUACAUGUUACUAUUACACUCUCUACAUUAGAUCAUGGCUACAUGUUACUAUUAUACUUGCUACUUUAGAUCAUGGCUUUAAGUUAGUAUUACACUUACUACUUUAGAUCAUGGCUAUAUGCUGGUAUUACAUUUACUACUUUAGAUCUUGGCUAUAUGUUAGUAUUACACUUACCACUUUAGGAUAUGGCUAUAUGUUAGUAUUACACUCACUACUUUAGAUCAUGGCUAUAUAUUAGUAUUACAUUUAAUACUUUAGAUCAUGGCUAUAUGUUAGUAUUACACUCACUACUUUAGAUCAUGGCUAUAUAUUAGUAUUACAUUUAAUACUUUAGAUCAUGGCUAUAUGUUAGUAUUACAUUUACUACUUUAGAUCAUGGCUAUAUGUUGGUAUUACAUUUACUACUUUAGAUCUUGGCUGGAUGUUAGUAUUACACUUACCACUUUAGGAUAGGGCUAUAUGUUAGUAUCACACUCGCUACUUUAGAACAGGGCUAUAUGUUAGUAUUACAUAAGUUAGAAAAAAAACUAGUUCAUAUUUGAAAUAUAUUGCUUUACAAUAUUAUAGAUCAAAUAAUGAGCCCGUAUGAAAACAUGGACAACUAAACUUAACUAGUAUAUUUGAUUCAUUUAAAUAUGGCAGAAAUUAUCUUUUGAUUUAAAUUUGCUCUGGGCAGAUAAAGCCACCUAUGUAUUAUCGGUCCUUCAUGCAAGUUCUUCUAAGGAGGAUCCUACAGUCAAACAUUAUCGCAUCAAAUCCAUGGACAAUGGAGAAUUUUAUAUUAGUCCUAACAGGCAGUUUGAAGAUCUCUUUCACCUGGUGGAACACUACAAAACAAGUAUGUGUGACAGAGUGCAGUGGCUGUCUUUAUGUGUGACAGAGUGCAGUGGCUGUCUUUAUGUGUGACAGAGUGCAGUGGCUGUCUUUAUGUGCAUCAGAGUGCAGUGACUGUAUUUAUGUGCGACAGAGUGCAGUGGCUGUCUUUAUGUGUCUCAGAGUGCAGUGACUGUCUUUAUGUCUGACAGAGUGCAGUGGCUGUCUUUAUGUGUCUCAGAGUGCAGUGGCUGUCUUUAUGUGCGUCUGAGUGCAGUGGCUUCCUUUCCUGUUAAUGUAUGUGCGAGAGGGUGGAGUGGCUGUCUUUAUGUGUGUCAGAGUGCAGUGACUGUCUUUAUGUCUGACAGAGUGCAGUGGCUGUCUUUAUGUGUCUCAGAGUGCAGUGGCUGUCUUUAUGUGCGACAGAGUGCAGUGGCUUCCUUUACUGUUGAAGUGGCUAAAAAAGGAUUAACAGCUGGAUACUGACUGUUCAAUUUUGUUUUAUUUACCAACAGAAAAUGCCACCGGUUUAUGUUGUCCUCUGACGAUACCUUGCCCUCGCAUACCUCCGGCACUUAUCUUCAGAGAUUUAGAAGUUAGCAGAGAUGCUGUUAAUCUUGUCAGCAAAUUAGGGGCCGGAUGUUUUGGUGAAGUCUGGAAGGGUAAGCUUGCUUCUUGACAUUAAGCUGAAGCUGUUUGUUAUCAACAGUGAUGCAAAGGUCAAAUGUACACACUAAGGUCAAAUGCACACACAAAGGCCAAAUGUACACACUAAGGUCAAAUGUACACAGAAAGGUCAAAUGCACACACAAAGGUCAAAUUUACACAUAAACCUUGCAACUCUAAAUGAUGUUUAUUGCAGGAAGCUGAACUGAUAAAGUGUUUCAUAUUUAGCUAAUAAAAAAAAAAUUUUUUUUUUAAAAAAUGGGUUUUAAACUGUGUUUGGAUGUGUCUUGUGCUAGAGACCUGAACUCAAACAUAAGCUUAUAGAUGUAGCCAAGAAUAACGGUUGGCACAUGUUACACUGUGUUUUUAUGUGUCUUGUGCUAGAGACCUGAACUCUAACAUAAGCUUAUAGAUAUAGCCAAGAAUAAUGUGUCUUGUGCUAAAGACCUGAAGAAAAAUUAGAGAGAAUGUUAAACAAUUUCUUUGGUCUUCUAAAUAUUUUCUAAAUUAUUUCAAACAAUGCAUACAUUUUGAUUUCAGUGUAAGUAAUUUUGUAUUUUGAGUAAUUUCACAUACCGGUAAUUAGAUUGACUCAUUCAGUGCUUGAGGCAACAGCCAAACAAUGGCCACCAUUAUUAAUCUGCUGGUUCAGUCAGAGUUGCCUUCAGUGUCACUUUUCUACUGCCCAGAUCCCUCUCUCUAUGUCUGCACCAGGUCUCUGUCUACACCAGAUCUUUAUGGGUCUUUAGGGUCUAAUUUUCCCUGGGUUUUCAAUAUUACAAGUUGUUAGUGUUAAAUAUUAUACAUAUUUUUUUUAAAACGUUUGUUUAGAUACUUUGGUCAAAAAUGUAAACAUUUUUUAAAAAUCAACCAAUGGCACAGCUGAAUAGAGCUAAUUUUAAACAGAAUUAUAACACCAAAAUCAUAUUUUUAGCUGUUGUAGUUUUAAAGUUAUGAAUUUUUAAAGUACGACUUGGUUUGUCAUUUUUUAACAUGGACUGCAUCUCCACAUUCUGUGACCUCAUUCCACUGAUCGCGUCAUGCGCAAUGCCUAUAUAGUUUAUAUAAGGCAACGCAUUCCCUAUCGCUAAAAUACUGUUUAGGGUCGACUUAUUUUAAACUUUCAACUUUGGCACAUGAAUAAUUAAUAAAAGCUUUCCCUGACCAAUGGUUUAAUAGCUUUUGCACACGGCAAACUCUUAUGAAUGAAACUCUGAGAUAGUACUACGACGUAGCCGUUAUGCAAGUGGCUGUGAAUGGUUGCCAAUGACAACGUGUUGCACAGGGAAAAUUCUGAUCAUUUAUAAUAUGGACUCUGCAGGGUUUUUAAAGCUCAAAUUAAAACAUUUCCAGUUUAAAUGUCUUCAAAAUGCAUUCUGAAACACAAAAUAUAAAAUAUUUUGAUGUAUAUAGUGGUAAUAAUUAAAUAUUUCCUAAGUAUCGGCAACUUCCGCCAUUAAAAAGGGGGCGUGGCCCACGCCAUGUCGAAAUUAGGCUGAGCCACCUUAUGGUGAUAUGGGUCACUGUGACAAGUGUAACAAACGUGAGACACGACCUACAUCAAUGAAACUUGGCACAGAUAUAGAUCAAUAUCUAAUGCUCAUACAGAUUUAAUCAAAAAGGACCUUAUCUUAUUAUUUCACAAAAAAUUUUGUAUGCGAAGAUGCCUUAUAUAUACCAAAGAUUUUCAAAAUAAAGGUCGAUUGAAAAAAGCAAAAUAGCUGGCUAGAAAUGUAGGCCAAGAUGUCUUCCAAAUUAUAAGGCCGGAAACGGAACUCAAAUCUAUGUGGAAAGAACUAAUUUAAUAAUAAAUAGACACACACAUCGGAAAAUUAAAAACUCGGAUUUUUCGGCGCCGACGCCCAUUUCCGAUACAAAAAAAAUAGUAGUCUCCCUUGUUUCAUCGAAGUAUCUACGUUUGUUCAAAACGUUUGUUCAAUUUAAGAAAUUGAUGCUUGAAUUUAUUUAUUUUUGUUUUUUGUUUCUUUGCCAGGGAAAUUUAGAAAAGUUGUGGAUGUUGCUGUGAAAAAAUUAAAACCAAACACGAUGUCAUCUGAGGCUUUUUUACAAGAGGCCAAAUUUAUGCACACGUUGACCCAUGAAAGAAUUGUUCAGGUAAAUUUAGAAUUUUGCACAUCUUGACCCAUGAAAGAAUUGUUCAGGUAAAUUAAGAUUUAUGCACAUCUUGACCCAUGAAAGAAUUGUUCAGGUAAAUUUAGAUUUAUGCACACAUCGACCCAUGACAGAAUUGUUAAGGUAAAUUUAGAUUUAUGCACACGUUGACCCAUGAAAGAAUUGUUCAGGUAAAUUUAGAUUUUUGCACACGUUGACCCAUGAAAGAAUUGUUCAGGUAAAUUUAGAUUUUUGCACACGUUGACCCAUGAAAGAAUUGUUCAGGUAAAUUUAGAUUUACUUUUACUGCUUAAUGUUGCAAAAAUUAAAUUUAUGUUGUGAUUAACCUAGUUGUGUUCAGGUGGGGUUUUCCUCUGUUGACUGUUUUGCAAGGGUCAAUUUUUUACACUUUUUAAAAAAAAAUUUCUAAGAUCAUUAACAGUAAAACCUGUUUAUUCCUCUAUUCUGCUCUAGUUGAUGGCAGUCGUGUCAGAGGAUGAGCCAUUUUUUAUUAUAACAGAACUGAUGAUUCAUGGGGCACUUCUAGAUUUCCUUCGUUCAGACACAGGGAAGAAACUUAAAUUUACCCAACUUAUUACUGUGAAUUCACAGGUAACUUACUAACUAGGCACAAUUUUAAAUAGAUAUCAAUAAGAAAUAGUUGUGAUAUUUGUAAUCUAGAAUAAUCACUGUUUUUUGUUGUUUUUUAAAUUUUAAUUUCAAGAUUAUAUAUUUUGAAGAUAUUCCUGGCACACCUGAGAUUUAUUUUUUUAAUAAAUUUUUUUUUUUUUUUUUUUUUUUUUCAUUGCCAUGUGUACCAUGUUAAAAAAUUUUUUUUUGUGCAUAAACUGAAAAGUUAAUAUGGAAAUACUGGUCAAUGAUAUUUGGAUAUUUUCACUUUGUAAAUUGACCAAUACAAUUAUUUGGUUUAAAGUAGUAUAGGAUAUUGAUUCUUAUAAUUUACUCUUCACUAGGAGCAUUAGAGACAGUUUGCACAAGAUUAAUUGGAAUUUUUUAACUUUUAAGGUCUUAGAAGUUUCAUUUGGACUUCAGCACCAUAUAGAAAUAAGAAUUUAAAAAAUUUUCUCUUAAGAUUGCAGAAGGCAUGUCCUACUUGGAGAGCAAACAGUAUAUCCAUAGGGAUCUGCGGGCGGCUAAUAUUUUAGUUGGUGAUCAUUACAGUGUUAAAAUAGCAGACUUGGGACUGGCACGGAUGGUGGAUGAACAAGUGUACAAUGCUAAUCAAGGUACUGUACCAUUUAAUAUAGCUGGCACGAAUGGCUUCAGUGAUGAGUGAUUCAUAAGGAAGAAAUUGUGUUAUAUACAGAUGAAACUCUAAAAGUUUUGUUUAAUGUCACCUGCACUGACCACUUAAAGCUUUUGAUGGAUCAUGCUUGUUUCUAGCAACUACUAACAAUACAAGUAUUAAAAAAUUUGAAUUCUUUACUUAAAAAUACCUAAUUUCUUGGACAGGGCUAGGACUAAAUACCUAACUCGACAGGUCUAGGACUAAAUACCUUAUUCCUUGGACAGGUAUAGCACUAAAUACCUAACUCCUUGGACAGGUCUAGGACUAAAUACCUAACUUGUUGGACCUGUGUCAGGCACUAAGUCACAAAUGAUGAAAAGUUGAAGUACAGACCUUUUCUGUCACCAAUAGAAACAAAUAUGGGCAAACUAAAAUAUGUCUGCAAGUCCAAAUUAACAGUACAAAACUUAUAGACAGCAAACAGUGAAGAACAAAUUAACAGUACAAAACUUAUAGACAGCAAACAGUGAAGAACAAAUUAACAGUACAAAACUUAUAGACAGCAAACGGUGAAGAACAAAUUAACAGUACAAAACUUAUUGACAGCAAACGGUGAAGAACAAAUUAACAGUACAAAACUUAUUGAUAGCAAACGGUGAAGAACAAAUUAACAGUACACAACUUAUUGACAGCAAACGGUGAAGAACAAAUUAACAGUACAAAACUUAUUGACAGCAAACGGUGAAGAACAAAUUGACAGUACACAACUUAUAGACAGCAAACAGUGAAGAACAAAUUAACAGUACAAAACUUAUAGACAGUAAACGGUGAAGAACAAAUUAACAGUACAAAACUUAUAGACAGCAAACAGUGAAGAACAAAUUAACAGUACAAAACUUAUAGACAGCAAACAGUGAAGAACAAAUUAACAGUACAAAACUUAUAGACAGCAAACGGUGAAGAACAAAUUAACAGUACAAAACUUAUUGACAGCAAACAGUGAAGAACAAAUUAACAGUACAAAACUUAUAGACAGCAAACAGUGAAGAACAAAUUAACAGUACAAAACUUAUAGACAGCAAACGGUGAAGAACAAAUUAACAGUACAAAACUUAUUGACAGCAAACGGUGAAGAACAAAUUAACAGUACACAACUUAUAGACAGCAAACAGUGAAGAACAAAUUAACAGUACAAAACUUAUAGACAGCAAACUGUGAAGAACAAAUUAACAGUACAAAACUUAUAGACAGCAAACGGUGAAGAACAAAUUUAACAGUAAAAAACUUAUUGACAGCAAACGGUGAAGAACAAAUUAACAGUACAAAACUUAUUGACAGCAAACAGUGAAGACCAAAUUAAGAGUUAUAAACUUACUGACAGCAAACAGUGAAGAAAGCAAGAAAUGUAAACAUGGGAUUUUAUUGACAACUGAAACGUUACUGGACAUAUUCACUUUGGUUUUAAUGUGACAAUUUUUUAAUUAAUGGUUUUCUGCUAUCACCAAAAGUCAUAGUUGUUCACUUAUAAACUUCAAUUUUGUUCACUUUUAAAUAUCAAUGUUGUUCACUUAUACCCGGUACACAUCAAUGUUGUUCACUUAUACACAUCAAUGUUGUUCACUUAUAAACAUCUAUGUUGUUCACUUAUACACAUCAAUGUUGUUCACUUAUAAACAUCAAUGUUGUUCACUUAUACACAUCAAUGUUGUUCACUUAUACACAUCAAUGUUGUUCACUUAUACACAUCAAUGUUGUUCACUUAUACACAUCAAUGUCGUUCACUUAUAAACAUCAAUGUUGUUCACUUAUACACAUCAAUGUUGUUCACUUAUACACAUCAAUGUUUUUCACUUAUAAACACACAUACCUUCUAGACACAAAAUUCCCGAUUAAGUGGACAGCUCCUGAGGCAGCUAUAGAGAGGCGAUUCAGUAUAAAAUCUGAUGUGUGGUCUUUUGGUGUUCUUAUGUAUGAAAUCAUCACAUUUGGCAAAGUUCCCUAUCCUGGUAUGUUGCGUUUUGUAUCACACAUCAUUCAAAUAUUGUUUUUUUUUUAAUUAAAAAAUUAUAUCAGUUAAUUCAGUUUUUCUAUUCUCAUAAAUAUUUGAAGACCAUUUUCAUAUUGAAAUUGAAAGCACCUGUUUAAUUUGAUCUGCUCAGGUAUGCAGGGCCAUGAGGUUCUACGCAUGAUUGAACGUGGUGAGCGUAUGACGAUGCCGGCGAACCCACCGAUGCCGAUCCCGAAGCAGUAUUAUGAAUUAAUGCUCAAGUGUUGGAACCAGAACCCAGACGACAGGCCCACUUUUGAAUCCCUCCACUUUUUAUUUGACAGCUACACAACCAGUACAGAAGAUCAGUAUCUAUAAAAAUUCUAAUCUUCACUUCAUUAACAUAAGGGGGUUUUGGGGUGGGGAAAUUCUGAUAAAAGUCAUGUGUAUUAAUUACCGGUAGCUUAGGAAUGGUCUAGAAGAGACAGACAACAAUGUGUUAAUUGAUAUAUGUUAUAAAGUUAAUCUCCAAGUACAGUGUAUAUGCCUCUGCGAAUUCAAGUGCCUUAUAUUUUCAAUGCUUACUGUAUAUACUUGUUCUAAAGUCCAUUCAUUCAUGAGACGACCCCCUUAGUUUUUUUUUUGGCUGGGAAAAGCCUGAAGAGUGUCUGACCCGCUCAUGAGCCAAACCCAGAAAAUAAUACGCCACUUGAACUUGAAGCAAUAUGGUAAAUAAAAAGACUUAAAAAAACUAAUAAACAUACAGUAUUAUGUAAAACACAGAUACUCGUUUCGUGUGUCUCCCGGCAUACGCAGUAACCAUACUGAGCAUUUCCAUAAAUAGAUGACUACGACUUGAAAAGAAAGGCCUUUUCGCCUCACUAUCAAUUUCAAUUUGCGUAAGUGAAGAUCUCAUAAUGCUGUAUUAAAUCGAGGUCAUAGGUUGGUACUAAACCCUUAUCGUUCUAAAGAUAGAUCUCAACUGCUACCACGAUCUUAUAAAAUGUCAUUAUUCAAUGUAGGUACUUUGAUACUCUCUAAGCAAAGCCACUCACGGCAGUCACAAGUUGAGGACAAAACAUGUGACCCAAUUUUCACCUGGCUUUAUCAUCGUUUUCAAUUAUUGACUCAAUGUACCUAUAGAAAACUAUGAAAAUGCAGCUGACCCGCUCUCAAGUUAACACCCGUCCUAUUCCCCCGAAACAUUUCCUAAAAAAAGUGGACUGACGAACAAGUAUAUACGGUGAAAGAAGAAGAGAAACAAAACUUUACAGCAGUUUCCAGUUGUUUUGGCCUGGAAUAUUUUAGUGUUAUGUGCCCAGUUAUCUGCUGAGAUUUGGAGGAGGAAAUUAUUGAACAGCAAGCGUGAAUAGCUGGCAAUCUUACCAUUGGAUUUAAAACAAUUAACAGUAUUUUAUCUUCUAAAUCAUUUGUACUUUGUUCAUAGUUUAAGUUGAUUGUUUCCCAUCAUCUAAAAUCAUAUCUAGGUGCUUAAAUACUUUUAUCAACUUGAUCGCGCCAGUUAAUGCAAAUAUUUUUUUUUUUUUAAAAUUCAUAAUUAUCAGUAACAUGACUUUUGAAAGCAAGAAUUAGUUAUCAUUGCGGUAAAGAAAUAUUGUUAUGAAAGUAUUGAUCACAGUAUUUAAUAUUCCAAUCAGAGACUACUUGUAACAAUUAAUGUGCUAUUUUUACCAAAGUAUUUGUGCAGAAAUUCAGGUUAUGUGUGAAAGAAUUGAUUAUCUGUUUUUUUUUACUAUUUUAUUUUAUGCUGAAACGAAGACCACAACAGAAACCGAGGGCCAAGGUCACAACAAAUAUCUUUCUGCUUUUAACUUUAAAAAAUCUUUAUAUUUUAAAUCUCCAGCCUGAGAAUGUAUAUAUAUGCACCAGUAUACACAUUUGAAAUUCUUUUUUUUUAAUGGUUGAUCUUUUCACAUUCUCUGCUCCAUGUUUUUAAAAACACUUUUAUUAGUUUGAGAACAAAUGUAAGAUUAAAAUUAAUUCAUUUUUUAAAGAUUUGUCAUUGACACACUUGUUAUAUGUUUUAGCAAUAUGUGGCAUAAUUUAAACAGAUUAUGCAUUUUAACAAAUCUGUUUUGGUAGAUUUUAAUUAUUGAAUUUUUUGUUGCAAAGAGCAGUGCCUAAUUUUCCAAGUGCCCUACAUCAAAUUCUAACAAGUACUCUACCAAAUAGUAUUUUUUUUAAAUUAAUUAAAUGGUUGGGUGAAAAUAUAGAUGAAAUGUGUCUUUAAAUCACCCAAAAAAUGUAAUUGAACCAAUUGUAAAUAUUGGAAUAGAUCACCGCACAUUUUCUCAAAUCAUAGAAUCAAUCUGAACACUGCCACCCUCAUUUCCAUCUCCACCUUUUCUUUACCGCAGUUAUUUUUUAUCUCUUCGACAGACUGAAUUAGUUUUUGUCUCAGCGACAGACUGAAUUAGUUUUCAUCUAAACAACAGACUGAAUUAGUUUUUAGCUCAGCGACAGACUGAAUUUGUUUUUAUCUCAGCGACAGACUGAAACACAGCUUUGCACUUUAAAGAAGUCACAAAUUAAAUCAAAUUCUCUGGACCUCAUUCGACACAAAGGCGGCAGGAGACUGACAGAUAUUCAGAUACGAAUCAAAAUUACUGAAAAAGUUUGAGAAACUACUGAAACUAUUGAAAACUUAAUGGUUACAGACCACCAUGUGGUCACCAUUUGUUGAGGCUUCAGCAAACAGUUAUUGCUAACUUGUCUAAGUGGAGUAACUUGUCUAAGUGAGUUACUGGUGUGCACAAUGCCUGCUAGAUGUCUUGAACAUCACGUUUAGUUUAAAAUGGAAGCAAAACCAAUCAUGGGUAAUAUUUCGUGCUCCCCAGAGCACCACGGCGCAUACUCUGGGAACCACUGCUAUAGGAAAAUUAAAUGUUUUAUUUCAUAUUAUUUUUAAAAAUCUUUUAGUCAAAGUUUUACCCUUCAUGUUUUUUCCUUAAUGCAAAAAUAUUCUGCAUGAGAAUACUUGUUUCUCUACAAUUGCAUUAUUAUGAUAUACAUGAGUUCAUUGCAUGUCUUUAACCUAACUGUACACCCAAGUUUUUUAUAGCAUGUAUGUCUUUUUGACCCAUUGUCUUUCGGUAAAUCCAAGCUAUUUUUUAAAAGGUUGUUCAUGUUGUGGAAUUAUUCCAGCAGUUUUGACUUAACUAGCAGCAAUUUUUAAAAUGUUUUUUUUUUUUUUGGGUUGAUAGCUGAAUUUUUAAUCCCACACCACAUUGGCUGCUGUCUUUUGACUUCUGUGGUUAGGUAUUUUACUCGGGGAUUAUCACCUCCACAAGAACUGCUGCCUUACUGGGAUGAGGAGUCCCAUCUACUGGGGAGUGUUGACUCAUAGCUGGGGAUGAUCACUGAUGAAUUUGAGCCUAUUACUUCGAUUUUAAGAAGCGGGCAAUGUUACCUUCAAAUCUGCUACUUAAUAUCUCAACCAUGAAAACUGAUUUUGUUCUCCUUGUGAAGACCUUCGUCCUGUUGACCAGUGUUGCAGGCGUAUGGAACAUGUGUUGAGAACAGCGUUGUGUUCAUUCUGGACUUAAAUAAAUUCAUUUUUUUAUGUGGUGACCUAUGACAGCAAAUCAGUAUGUUAUUUAUUGGACUUAAAAAAAGCAUUCAUCAUUGCCAUGUGGUUACCUAUGACAACUAAUCAUCUGAGUAUGCAUAGUAUUUAACAGACUUUAAUAGCAUUCAUCAUUGUCAUGUGUUUAAAUAUGACACAUAAUCAGACUAUGUUAUUGAAUGGACUUUAAUAUCAUUCUUCAUUGUCAUGUGGUUACCUAUGACAACUAAUGUGAGUAGACAUAGUAAUAAUAAUAUAAUAAUAUUAGUAUAUAACAGACUUUAAUAGCAUUCAUCAUUGUCAUGUGGUUACCUAUGACACAUAAUCAGACUGUUAUUUAAUGGACUUUAAAUAUCAUUCUUCAUUUUAAUGUGGUUAUCUUCUGACAACUAAUCUGAGUAUGCAUAGUAUUUAACAGACUUUAAUAGGAUUCAUCAGUGUCAUGUGGUUACCGGUACCUAUGACACAUAAUACACUAUGUUAUUUAAUGGACUUAAAUAUCAUUCUUCAUUGUCAUGUGGUUACCUAUGACAACUAAUCAAAAUAUAUAUAGUAUUUAAUGGACUUUAAUUGCACCCAUCAUUGUCAUCUGGUUACCAUGACAGCUAAUUAAUAGGCCCUAUAUUAUUUUUACAGGAUUCAAUUUUACAUGUCAAAUUGAUUAAUAAAAUCUUAUUGUCUCUAAUUUAGCAGUAACUCUUGUAUAGAAACAUUUUGUUAAAAUUACAACAUGUGUCUAGAAAAAAUUAAUGUAUCACAUAUUGUAGUUUCAGCUGCAUUUAAAUCCAUGUUAGAUUAGAAAUAUAUAAAAAAAUAUUUAAUGUUUGAUAAUUUUGAAAUAGUAAUUUGAUUGCUAAUAAUAAGAAUACAAAUGAAACAGGUGACACAAACUGAUAAACUAAAAAUAAAAAAUUAUUGUAAUUUUAUUUGAUGAGAAUAUUAUUCUUGUAUCUUUAAGUGUCUUGAUAUCUUAUUCCAAAUGUACAAAUAUAUUUUUUUUGUAACUAUGACGCAUAAAAUUAUUUUAUUUGAAGUUUGAAGUGAGCCUGUCUAGUGAUGUUGUGAUUGAAAGGAACUUUAGGUACAGAUGUUUUAUGUAAUGUGUUUUACAAAUCAUGUCACCUCAUUUAUUUACUGAAUCUACAUGUAUAAACCGAGAAAUUAUAGCUAUUGAAUAUAUAAUAAAGCUAAAGAUGAAUGUGAAUGAAGGUUUUUUUUUAUAAUUGUUUGCUUCUUUGUGCUGUGUUAUGAAAAAUAAUACAGCACAACUAUUGUUCAUAAUUUUUUUGUCUAAUAUCUGAGUAUUACAACAUAUCAUAGCCUAUCAUUCCCAGCUUAAAUAUUUUUUUUACAAAGGUCGCAGUUUCAAUUUUUAUUGAUAAAUGCAAAACUUAAGUGCCAUUCAUGUUUCUUUGUAUAACUCUUUUUGUAUAUUUAUUUACAUGAAUCCACAUUUUUAUUAAAAUUACC